ACAUUCUUUCCUGGACAAGCAUUAUUAGCCGCCUUCAUCCUCGUCACAAACAGCUCGCAGCUACAUGUGACACCGCUAUUGCUGCUAUCUUGCUAACACAAACAAACUUCGUGUCAUUUAGUUUCCAACCCGGCUUCGGACCUCUGAAAUCUUUCUUUUUAUUUUGCAUUAAUUUUCCACCCUUCUUAUUUCUAUUAACUUUUAUCCGGAUAGUUUUAGGGACGGCUCGGCCAUGCGAACCACGCAGCUGUUCAUGUUAUAGGCAAAAAGAAUAAUACCGCGUAGUGCCGGAAAAUUGGGGCAUGUGAUCCAAUUAUAGCACAAUCAGCUGUCCGAAAAAAAAAAAGUUCGUGUUGCUUUCUCCACGAGCAUGAAGCCCACGAUACCAAAAAAAGAAGAAAAGAACGACCGACUGUCACUCCGUUUCAUGAAAAGAUACGCAAGUGCUCGGCCGCCAGCGACGGGUCUCUCUCCACUCGGUCGCAUUUCUGCAUAUCUUUGUUAUCUCUUUUUGUUAAUCUCCCUUAGUUGGCCUAUCGCACUUUCCUCCUCCCUUCUCCCGUUCAGUCUGUUGCCCGUUUGUCUCGUGCUGCCAAGAGCGGCCACGCGACGCUCCCGGCGCUUGUAUUCCGCCCGCACUCAAGGAUAACUGUACGCGUGCCUUUCUCGCGCACACUCUCGCUUUGUCGCUGCAUCCCCUUUCCCUCCGACCGCUCAGCGCACGACCCGAAGGACGCUGUUGUGCGCGAGACGCGAGCCGCAUUCGACGCGUGAGGCAAGACGGCGAUCGCGUAGCACUCGCCACACCGCGGGCGCCUGUGGCGCGCAGUUACGAAAAAUCGUUUACGCCGACGUUGCGUCUCCUCCGGGAUAUCACCCGUCUAUCGCUGCACUCGCUGUCACUUCCGCUAGAGCUCCCCCUUGUGAGAUACCACCGAUGUGAGCAGUAAAGCUUUGUGGAGGGGCCCCUUAAAGCCUGUUGUGUGUUCGCGUCCCAGCGUAUACAUCUCGUCUCUUAUCGGCCCACACCCGAGGAAGAAGAGGCACGAGGAUUUUCACGAGCGGGUACUGCGAGAUGCGCACAACGACGCUGGCCAGUGACUCACGGGAAGCCUGAAUCUUCGCUCGGCCAUGGAACUUUCGCAGCUGCCAGACGUUGCUAUCGAGAUGAAGCCGCAGAUUGUGCCAGCCGCAGUGGACGAUGGUCCGUACGGCAUCGACGCACCUGUGGCUCCAACAACCAUCAGCUGGAGGAAUCUCGUCUACAAGGUUCCUGAUGGGAAAGGCACGAAGCAACUGCUUCGCCACAUCAGCGGAAGCCUGCGUCCUGGAGAGAUGACAGCCGUCAUAGGCCCGUCCGGUGCCGGAAAAACGACGCUGCUCAACGCCCUUGCAGGCUUCCAAACCAGAAGUUUCGAAGUGGACCUCUUCGUCAAUGGCCAGCCGUUCAAGGAAAGGAGCUUCCGCAAGCUGAGCAGCUACGUCAUGAGCGGCGACGACCUCCUGCAGCACCUGACCGUGCGCGAAACGGUGGACGCAGCGGCCAAGCUCAAGCUGCCCUCCGACGUUCCCUACAAAUCGAGGAGCGCUUUGGUGUCAAGAAUUCUCAAGCUGUGGGGCCUCGACACCUGCGAAAACCGGCACGUCAAGAACCUCUCCACGGGUCAGCGGAAGAGGGUCAUGCUCGCGCAGGAGCUCGUGUACAGCCCGCCGGUGCUGUUCCUGGACGAGCCCACGAGUGGCCUGGACAGCUCCAGCGCUCUGCAGUGCGUCCUGACGCUCAAACAAUUCGCCCGGAAGGGUCACACGGUGGCGUGCAGUAUACACCAGCCAAGCUCGAGGAUCUUCCAGCUUUUUGACCGACUGUACGUAUUGGGGGACGGCUACUGCCUGUACCACGGCACCGUUCGGGACCUCCUCCCUACGCUGACAGCUAACGGUCUACAAUGCCCUGCCUUCUACAACCCGGCAGACUUUCUGAUCGAAGUGGCUUCGGGUGAAUACGGUGACGUUAAAGGCGAUCUCGUGCGCUAUGCUGAACGACACAACGAUGUUUUUUCUACCAAUCCUGCCCCAAAGUCACUUGCCAAUGGAGGAGGUCAUCUCAACGAACCAGCUGCAGUAUUAGCUCCCUUGUUGAAGCAGGAGGGCCAUGGACUCGUGUCCACUGCCUCGUGCUCUAUGCAGAUGAACGUUCUUCUGAAGCGCUGCUACUUGUCCCUCAUCAGAAAUCCGAUGGUGUUCCACCUUCGGCUGGCCACACACCUGCUGGUGGGCGUGUGCAUGGGCCUCCUCUAUUACGACAUCGGUGGCCGGGCGGACAGCUUCUUCAACAACGCCACACUGGUCUUCUUCAGCGCCAUCUUCCUCACUUUCACCGGAAUGAUGCCUGUCGUCCUCAGCUACCCCCUGGAAGCUGCCGUGUUCACUCGAGAGCGCAACAACUCGUGGUACACGCUGAAGGCCUACUACCUGUCCAAGAGCAUCGUAGAACUACCUUUCCAGGGUAGCCAACCGGAACUGCCUCUGGUUAACCUCCCUGCCUUUCUAUGCAUCCUUUUCUCUCUCUCCUGUGCUCUAAGAAUCAAGACAAUCCGAGGUCGCCUACCCCACAUUAUUCGUGGCCAUCGUCUAUUGGAUGACAUCACAGCCGCCAGAGAUGAACCGCUUCGUGAUGUUCUUAUUUCUCUCCAUCCUGCUGACCCUGGUCGCCCAUUCGCUCGGAACGCUCAUUGGUGCCUUCGCAAGCUUACAGGUCGCCGUAUUCCUGGCGCCCGCCGUCGCCAUUCCGAUGCUUCUGUUCAGCGGGUUUGUGGUGACGCUGAAGGCAAUGCCCAGCUACCUGCACUGGAUAUCCUACGUGUCAUUCGUGCGGUACGCGUACGAAGGUUGCAUUCUCAGCGUGUACGGAUUCGACAGGCCCGAACUGGAGUGCGACGAGCAGAAGGAAGGUUCCGUGCCGUGCCUGUUCACGGAUCCCUCCGAGUUCGUCAGCUUCUUGGGCCUCAACGUAGUCAGCGUGGAAGUGUGCGCCGGCGCACUCAUCGUGUUUGUGGUGCUCUUCAACGUGGCCACCUAUGUGGCGCUCAAGAUGAGAGUUAAGAGGACGUUUUAAGAAGCGAGAGGCAAUUGAAGCCGGAAACUCUUGAGUGCCUGGCACGCUAAGUUCGCUGUUGCACGUACUGUGGACAUUCCGCGAGAGCUGUGGGUGCUUCUGAACGAACGAUGACUGUACAAGAGACUUCAGAGAGAACUUGCAGGAACGCCGCGUGUGUGAGAGUAGACCUUUCCGUGUGUUUAUAUGCGUGUGUGUGUGCGCAUGUGUGUGCGUGUUUCGGGGUAUCACUCGUGCUCUUGGGACAAAGGAACGACAACACAACAGUGCAAACAAUCACAAGGGCAUUUAUUGCACCUUUCAUACACCAAUGCCUGCUGGCCGAAUUGCUAUCCACAGUACAUGCCAACGGGCGCGCGACAAAUCUAGGAAGUACGGCUCACCGCGACUGGAUACCCUGCUGGACACCAACGCGUGGUCGUUCGCGUGUAUGGUCUUGUGAACGGUGGCGCGUUCGAACAAUCGUGUUCGUCCAUUCCGCUGUCCUGCUCCUAGGCCUCGUAAGAGUUGCAGAAGCAUGGAUCGGCGCAUGCGCGGAACGUCCGCGCCGCUUGCCGAGCCCGAGCCAAAGAGGAACAGCUUUCUCCCUUUUUCGCCCAAGUAACCCCACCGUUAGGUGGCGUGGCAGCGCAACACUUGCGCCAUCUCUCGUACCACUCUGCAACCACGCCGACCGCCCCGUAGAGCCAAGCGGUGAAGCCAAAUUACUGGAGACUGUAGCCAUGCGGUGAAAACAACCUCAGGGGACGCGUUCGAGUCGAGCAUUCCCACAGUCUGCGUGCGUGUGCGUGUGUGUGUAUGUGUGUGUGCACGAGACAUGAUUUUACCACACGUCCGGCACCGCAGUGAUGCCAUGAACAAUGCAUGGACCAUCCAAGGCCGUAGUCGCUGGUACGACUCUCGGUGCAGUUUAUUGCAUUUCAGCAGUGUCUGCGGGUGGCUUUCUUCUUUACUGUAAUAUGCACGGGCGUACGAAACAAUCCAGAAGUCUAUGUAAGAAAAAGAAUACACGUGCCUAUAGCGAGAGAUAAGGUAAAUACAGAAGACGGGACACGUGUGCGCCGCAAAACAAGAAGAAACACAAGUGCUUUCUUUUUAAGGCGCUAUUACUGUCGAGACAAGGCUUGCACGAUAGCCAAGACAAUGCUAUCGCGCUCGUGAUAAGGAAAGUAUGCAUGUUAUUUCAGUGCUAUCCGAUGACAGUGCCUUAUCUUGCUGUGUAUUGUUUUUCUAUAACUUCGUGAAAACCAUGUAACCGAUGAAAGUCUUUAUCCGAGUUGUACUGCACGUUUUCCCCUCUUUGCGCGCGCCCUUUAAGCCAUCGCACGAGCCAUGUAAUCUGCAUUAUCACCAAAUAGCACUUAAUUAGCACACAUGAACGGAAAGAUGUGGGUAUAGACAAGAGGGGAAGUGUUCCUUGAGUGUCCGCCCUUGUGUGUGUCAAUGCCCUAGUCGGCAAUAACGAUAUCAUUCAUUUCAUCCAGUCACAUUGCGCACCUUAGUUUCCCGCUCCCACCACAUAGCAGCAUAAUGCGCGUCAAGACUGGAACACCAGCCUCCGAAAUCAGGCAUGUCAAAUUUGCCUGAAAUAAUUUUACACAAGGGGAAGCGAAGUCGAUAAAGAGGAGUCACGCUGUAGAUAAUUCACACUCGUCACGUGAUAAGAAGUCUAUACGUCACAGGAUAGACAAAGCCUAUGUUAGUGCAGAUUAUUUUUGAACGUUUGGUUGCUAAACAUUUCCCGCUACCACAGAAACAUUAAGGAAAGGGCGUCGUAUUUUUGAGCCUGCUUAAAAUCGCCCUUUUCCAGAUAAACUUUGUAACCAGAAUAGCCUCGCAAUGUGCUACAUGGGCCGCAGUUCUUCACCAUAGCCAGAACGUUCUCCAGUCUGACACAUUAUCGCACAGGUCAUUUACAUUUGAGAUUACGCUGUUAAAGCGAAAAUGCGUUCCUGGAAGGACGAAUUUCAUCGAAGGUUGUGGUCGGGAAUGAACACGGCACAAAAAAGUUGCGAAGCUGCGGCCAAAUAACGAUUGACCUUACGUUCUUUACGCCUUGAAGUACCAUUCCUUAUAUCGGGCUGAUAUUUUCCCGAAUGUAGUCGGAUUCUCAGAGCUGUGAUACUUAAUCCAAAGGGAACGCUGUCAUCAUCUCGGGCGUCUCCAUAAAACGCUUUGCAUUUUGUAAACGCGCUACCUGUUUUCGCUGUGUCUGUGAACCUAGGUUGGUUACAAAUAUAAAUGCCAUUAUGCUAAUAAC